AUGAGUAAUGGUGAGAAGGAUGUGCCUUGUGCUGGGCAUGACAAACCCCAGUUGGCCUGCAGCAGUGCGCAGCCCUUCCUGGCCCGGCCUCCUUCAUCUGCUCCUGGACCAGCCUGGAAUGGCAUCUUCAACAGAAGGAACAGAAGCUAUUUGCAGAGCGAGGCUCAAGGCCCAGUGACACCCUUCAGACCCUCCUGGAGCUCGAAUCCCACGCUCAGGAGCCUUUCCCACGGCACCAGGACUUUCCGCCGACUUCGCUCCCAACUGGACAUCGCUCACGCAGACAGACCAUGCUGGCUGCUCGCUGGCGCCCAGACACUCGCACACUCGGAGCGGUUCCAGGCCUCCGCUGCCCCUAAGCUUAGAGAAGCUGCAGAGAAAUCCCUGGAUGCUGCCUGCCAGGGCCCUGCCCCUGCCCCUGCCCCUGCCCCUGACAUGAAUGGUGUGGCUCCUAACUAUGGCGGCUCAGAGCCUGGUCCUGUUUGGAAGCAGGACUGGGGAGCUACAGGAGCUCCAGCCUUCCUGGCUGGGCCUGGCAUCCUGGGAGAAAACUUCCUGCCCAAAGGCAAACAUGAUGACAUGAAGGGUCACUGCGGGAGUGACGGUACCAAUCCUGUGUGGAAGGCCAGCGCUGCAGCCUCGGUGCCCACUCCUGUGGCUCACCGGCCCCGAGCCCUGUGCAGGGACUUGCCCGGGCAGCGCACCGCCAGCGCCUGGGCCUCCUCUGAGAUGCUCUUCCUCCUCCCUGGACCUCCUGAGCAGCAGCCGCAGGGGAAGGGCCUGGUCGGUCAGCGGCCCCUUCCUGAGAGUGGGGUGGAAUUCCUUCCAAAUGCGGGCUCCUCGGGCCCGUCGGUGGGUCUGAGAUGCUCCCAGCCCGGUGGGACCUGCCUGAAUGGAGGGAAGUGUGAAGUGGUCAAUGGCACAGAGGCCUGUGUCUGUGGCGGUGCCUUUGUGGGUCAGCGAUGCCAGGAUCCCAACCCGUGCCUCAGUACUCCCUGCAAGAACUCCGGGACGUGUCACCUGGUGGACCGUGGCGGCACGGUGGACUAUGCCUGUAGCUGCCCCCUGGGCUUCUCCGGACCCCUCUGCCUGACACCCCUGGACAACGCCUGCCUGACCUACCCGUGCCGCAACGGGGGCACGUGCGACCUGCUCAGGCUCACCGAGUACAAGUGCCGCUGCCCCCCUGGCUGGUCAGGGAAGUCGUGUCAGCAGGCCGACCCAUGUGCCUCCAACCCCUGUGCCAACAACGGCCAGUGCCUGCCCUUCGAGGCCUCCUACAUCUGCCGAUGCCCACCUGGCUUCCACGGCGCCACCUGCAGGCAGGAUGUCAACGAGUGUAGCCAGAACCCUGGGCUGUGCCGCCAUGGGGGCACGUGCCACAACGACGUGGGCUCCUACCACUGCACCUGCCGUGCCACCCACCGGGGGACCCACUGCGAGCUGCCCUACGUGCCCUGCAGCCCUUCGCCCUGCCAGAACGGGGGGACCUGCCGCCCCACCGGGGACGCCACCCACGAGUGCGCCUGCUUGCCGGAGCUGCGCUCUGGAAGCCCGUGGCACCCUGCCCCUGCCCGAGCCUCUUGGGUUGAGUGUGAGUCUACAACAGCUCACAAGCCCUCCCCCCCCCAACCUCCUGAGCCCAAGUUCCUUGUGUUCAGGGUCCCGAUCCUGGCCUUCAUCGUGCACGGCAUCCUCUUCUGGGAGCCAGGUGUGUGCGGGCUGCGCCCAGGCCCAGACACUCAGUGCUGCCCUCUUCCUUCAGGCCCUAACUGCCAGACCAACAUCAAUGAGUGCGCCUCCAACCCCUGCCUGAACCAGGGCACCUGCAUCGACGACGUGGCUGGCUACAAGUGCAACUGCCUGCUGCCCUACACAGGGGCCACGUGUGAGGUGGUGCUGGCGCCAUGCACCCCCAGCCCCUGCAAAAACAGUGGGGUGUGCAAGGAAUCAGAGGACUACGAGAGCUUUUCCUGCGUCUGCCCCCCAGGAUGGCAGGGGCAGACCUGUGAAGUUGACAUCAAUGAGUGUGUGAAGAGCCCCUGCCGGAAUGGCGCGUCCUGCCAGAACACCAAUGGCGGCUACCGCUGCCUGUGCCAGGCUGGCUACACCGGCCUCAACUGCGAGAGCGACAUUGAUGACUGCCGGCCCAACCCGUGUCACAACGGGGGCUCCUGCACAGAUGGCAUCAACACAGCCUUCUGUGACUGCCUGCCCGGCUUCCAGGGCGCCUUCUGCGAGGAGGACAUCAACGAGUGUGCCAGCAACCCCUGCCACAACGGUGCCAACUGCACCGACUGCGUGGACAGCUACACGUGCACCUGCCCCGCGGGGUUCAACGGGAUCCACUGCGAGAACAACACGCCGGACUGCACGGAGAGCUCCUGCUUCAAUGGUGGCACCUGUGUGGAUGGCAUCAACUCCUUCACCUGCCUGUGUCCCCCUGGCUUCACGGGCAGCUACUGCCAGUAUGACCUCAAUGAGUGUGACUCUCGUCCCUGCCUGCACGGGGGCACCUGUCAAGACAGCUACGGCACCUACAAGUGCACCUGCCCCCAGGGCUACACCGGUCUCAACUGCCAGAACCUGGUGCGCUGGUGUGACUCCUCCCCCUGCAAGAAUGGUGGCCAGUGCUGGCAGACCAACACCCUGUACCGCUGCCAGUGCCACAGCGGCUGGACCGGCUUCUACUGUGACGUGCCCAGCGUGUCCUGCGAGGUGGCUGCGCAGGAGCAAGGCGUCGACGUUGCCCACCUGUGCCAGCACGGAGGGCUCUGUGUGGAUGCAAACAACACACACCACUGCCGCUGCCAGGCUGGCUACACAGGCAGCUACUGUGAGGAGGAGGUGGACGAGUGCUCACCCAACCCCUGCCAGAACGGCGCCACCUGCACCGACUACCUGGGUGGCUACUCCUGCAAGUGUGUGGCCGGCUACCAUGGAGCCAACUGCUCUGAGGAGAUCAACGAGUGCCUGUCCCACCCCUGCCAGAACGGGGGCACCUGCAUUGACCUCACCAACACCUACAAGUGCUCCUGCCCGCGGGGCACCCAGGGCGUGCACUGUGAGAUCAACGUGGAUGACUGUAAUCCUCUGCUCGACCCCACUUCCCGGAGCCCAAAGUGCUUCAACAAUGGCACCUGCGUGGACCAGGUGGGCGGCUACACCUGCACGUGCCCGCCAGGUUUCGUGGGUGAGCGAUGCGAGGGUGACGUCAACGAGUGCCUGUCCAACCCCUGUGACGCGCGUGGCACCCAGAACUGCGUGCAGCGCGUCAAUGACUUCCACUGCGAGUGUCGAGCCGGCCACACUGGGCGCAGAUGCGAGUCGGUCAUCAAUGGCUGCAAGGGCAAGCCAUGCAAGAACGGGGGCACCUGCGCCGUGGCCGCCAACAUUGCCCGUGGAUUCAUCUGCAGGUGUCCAGCGGGCUUCGAGGGUGCCACCUGUGAGAACGAUGCCCGCUCGUGCGGGAGUCUGCGCUGUCUGAAUGGCGGCACGUGCAUCUCCGGGCCGCGCAGCCCCACCUGCCUGUGCCUGGACCCCUUCACGGGCCCCGAGUGCCAGUUCCCGGCCAGCAGCCCCUGCGUGGGCGGCAACCCCUGCUACAACCAGGGCAGCUGCGAGCCCACAUCCGAGAGCCCCUUCUACCGCUGCCUGUGCCCCGCCAAGUUCAACGGGCUCCUGUGCCACAUCCUGGACUACAGCUUCACGGGCGGCGUGGGGCGCGACAUUCCGCCCCCGCAGAUCGAGGAGGCGUGUGCGCUGUCCCAGUGCCAGGAGGACGCGGGCAACAAGGUGUGUAACCCGCAGUGCAACAACCACGCGUGCGGCUGGGACGGCGGCGACUGCUCCCUGAACUUCAACGACCCGUGGAAGAACUGCACGCAGGCCCUGCAGUGCUGGAAGUACUUCAGCAACGGCCGCUGCGACCCCCAGUGCAACACGGCUGGCUGCCUCUUCGACGGCUUUGACUGCCAGCACGCCGAGGGCCAGUGCAACCCACUGUACGACCAGUACUGCAAGGACCACUUCAGCGACGGCCACUGCGACCAGGGCUGCAACAGUGCUGAGUGCGAGUGGGACGGGCUGGACUGCGCGGAGCACGUGCCCGAGCGGCUGGCGGCGGGCACGCUGGUGGUGGUGGUGCUGCUGCCGCCCGAGCAGCUGCGCAACAACUCCUUCCACUUCCUGCGGGAGCUCAGCCACGUGCUGCACACCAACGUGGUCUUCAAGCGCGACGCGCAGGGCCAGCAGAUGAUCUUCCCUUACUAUGGCCACGAGGAGGAGCUGCGGAAGCACCCCAUCAAGCGGGCCGCGGUGGGCUGGGCCCCGCCCGGCAGCCUGCUCAGCCAGACCCCAGCCUCGCUGCUCCCCAGCACCGGCGGCAAUGGGGGGCGCCAGCGCAGGGAGCUGGACCCCAUGGACAUCCGCGGGUCCAUCGUCUACCUGGAGAUCGACAAUCGGCAGUGCGUGCAGUCAUCCACUCAGUGCUUCCAAAGCGCCACCGACGUGGCUGCAUUCCUGGGGGCGCUGGCCUCUCUGGGCAGCCUCAACAUUCCCUACAAGAUCGAGGCCGUGCAGAGUGAGACCGUAGAGCCCCCGCCGCCCUCACAGCUGCAUCUCAUGUACGUGGCCGUCGCCGCCUUUGUGCUGCUGUGCUUCGUGGGCUGCGGGGUGCUGCUGUCCCGCAAGCGGCGGCGGCAGCAUGGCCAGCUCUGGUUCCCCGAGGGAUUCAAGGUGUCCGAGGCCAGCAAGAAGAAGCGGCGUGAGCCCCUGGGCGAGGACUCCGUGGGUCUCAAGCCCCUGAAGCAUGCCUCGGAUGGCGCCCUCAUGGAUGACAACCAGAACGAGUGGGGGGACGAGGACCUGGAGACCAAGAAGUUCCGGUUCGAAGGGCCCGUGGUUCUCCCUGACCUGGAUGACCAGACAGACCACCGGCAGUGGACCCAGCAACACCUGGAUGCGGCUGACCUGCGCACGUCCGCCACGGCCCCCACGCCCCCCCAGGGCGAGGUGGAUGCUGACUGCAUGGACGUCAAUGUCCGAGGGCCAGAUGGCUUCACCCCGCUCAUGAUCGCCUCCUGCAGCGGAGGGGGCUUGGAGACAGGCAACAGCGAGGAGGAGGAGGACGCACCGGCUGUCAUCUCUGACUUCAUCUAUCAGGGCGCCAGCCUGCACAACCAGACAGACCGCACGGGUGAGACCGCCUUGCACCUGGCUGCCCGCUACUCGCGCUCCGAUGCUGCCAAGCGCCUGCUGGAGGCCAGUGCGGAUGCCAACAUCCAGGACAACAUGGGGCGUACCCCACUGCACGCAGCCGUUUCCGCAGAUGCACAGGGCGUCUUCCAGAUCCUGAUCCGGAACCGAGCCACAGACCUGGACGCACGCAUGCAUGACGGCACAACGCCGCUGAUCCUGGCUGCUCGUCUGGCUGUGGAGGGGAUGCUGGAGGACCUCAUCAACUCGCACGCAGACGUCAAUGCCGUGGACGACCUGGGCAAGUCAGCCCUGCACUGGGCAGCUGCUGUGAACAAUGUGGACGCUGCAGUGGUGCUCCUGAAGAACGGGGCCAACAAGGACAUGCAGAACAACAAGGAAGAGACACCCCUGUUCCUGGCUGCCAGGGAGGGCAGUCACGAGACUGCCAAGGUGCUGCUGGACCACUUUGCCAACCGGGACAUCACAGACCACAUGGACAGACUGCCGCGCGACAUCGCCCAGGAGCGCAUGCACCACGACAUCGUGAGGCUGCUGGAUGAGUACAACCUGGUGCGCAGCCCCCAGCUGCACGGCUCCGCCCUGGGCGGCACGCCCACCCUGUCACCCACGCUCUGCUCGCCUAAUGGCUACCUGGGCAACCUCAAGCCCACCACACAGGGCAAGAAGGCCCGCAAGCCCAGCACCAAAGGCCUGGCCUGCGGCGCCAAAGAGCCCAAAGACCUCAAGGCACGGAGGAAGAAGUCCCAGGAUGGCAAGGGCUGCCUGCUGGACAGCUCCAGCAUGCUGUCCCCCGUGGGCUCCCUGGAGUCCCCCCACGGCUACCUGUCGGACGUGGCCUCGCCCCCUCUCCUGCCCUCCCCGUUCCAGCAGUCUCCAUCCAUGCCUCUCAACCACCUGCCUGGCAUGCCUGAUGUCCACAUGGCCAUCAGCCACCUGAAUGUGGCCACCAAGCCAGAGGUGGCAGCCCUGAGCGGGGGCGGCCCGCUGGCCUUUGAGCCCGGCCCCCCACGCCUCUCCCACCUCCCUGUGGCCUCCACCCCCAGCACGGUCCUGGGCGCCAGUGGUGGGGCGGCUGUGAAUUUCACCGUGGGCACCAGCACGAGCUUGAAUGGGCAGUGUGAGUGGCUGAGCCGGCUGCAGAAUGGCAUGGUGCCAAACCAGUACAACCCACUGCGAGCGGGCGUGGUGCCAGGCGCCCUGGGCACCCAGGCGCCCGCCCUGCAGCACGGCAUGCUGGGGUCCCUGCAUGGCGGCCUGUCUGCUAACACGCUGUCCCAGAUCAUGGGUUACCAGGGCCUGCCCAACACGCGGCUGGCCGCCCAGCCCCACCUGGUACAGACCCAGCCGGUGCCACAGCCAAACCUGCCCCCACCAAACAUCCCACAGCCCCAGAACCUGCAGCCACCAACACAGCCACACCUUGGCUCUGCCACCAAUGGGCCCCUGGGCCGGAGCUUCCUGAGUGGGGAGUCAAGCCAGGUGGACGUGCAGCCACUGGGCCCCAGCAGCCUGCCGGUGCACACCGUCCUGCCCCAGGAGCCCCAGGCCCUGUCCACUUCACUGCCAUCCUCUCUGGUGCCGCCUAUGACUACUGCCCAGUUCCUGACCCCGCCCUCCCAGCACAGCUACUCCUCCUCCCCCGCGGACAACACCCCCAGCCAUCAGCUGCAGGUGCCAGAGCACCCCUUCCUCACGCCCUCCCCUGAGUCUCCAGACCAGUGGUCCAGCUCCUCCCCACAUUCCAACAUCUCUGAUUGGUCCGAGGGCAUCUCCAGUCCGCCCACCAGUAUGCAAUCUCAGAUCGCCCACAUUCCAGAAGCGUUCAAGUAAACCACACCAGUGGGACCCCAGCUUCCGUUCCCAAGCCCUGCUGGGCGGGCGUUUCCAGCACUCCAGGAUGCCCCGGCCACCAAAGGAGCCUUUUUUUAAAGAAAAGAAAAAGAAAAAAACUAUGUUUUUUAUACAGAAUAAGAGAACAAGGAUUUCGACUUUUUUUUAGUAUUUAUUUAUGUACUUCUUAUUUUACACAGAAACACUGCCUUUUUAUUUAUAUGUACUGUUUUCUAUGGCGCCAGGUAAAACCUUUUAUCUGUUCCAAGGAAAUAAACUAGUUCUCAGUCAGAGUCAUUUUCCUAGUUAGGCUGAAGAAGAUCCUUAUGUGUUUGUAAAAUAUGAACAAAGAUUCAUGAUUUAUAAAUGCCAUUUAUUUAUUGAUGCCUUCUUUUCGAAAUCCAAAACAAAUGGUGAUGGAGGAGGAAAGCUGGAACCUGAGCGGCGCCAGUGCGGCCCUCCCGCGGCCACCCAUCCCCGGCGUCAUCUGUUUUUACCAGAGCGCUCGCUAGAAGCAAAGCUGCCCACGUGGGCUUGUGUUCAUUUGUCUAAAACAGGAAAUACAAGUUAAAUGCA